AAUGAAUGCUUAAUUUAGAUGGUAAGAUUACCCCCUACCGGUAACUUUCCUUGAUGCAAUAACAAUAAAAAAAACUAGCCGUUACUUAGCCUGUAAUAACAACGCCAGUAAAUAUAAAUACUCUCCCAAAUCUUUUUUGGGAUAUGAACAAAGAUACUGCAGAAUUUUUCACAAGAUCUCUUUUAAUUUCCUUCUUCCCACAAAAUAUAAUGCAAAAUUCUUCGCCAUUAUUAUCACCAACAGAUUUGGGUAGUAGCAGUAAUAAGAGUAGAUGUGCGGCUUGCAAACAGCUGAGAAGAAGAUGCCCAUCAGAUUGCAUUUUUUUGCCUUUUUUCCCACCUAAUGAUCCCCAGAGAUUUUCUCUUGUUCACAGAAUCUUUGGUGCUUCCAAAGUUGGCUUCAUGCUCCAGCAGGUCAAAGACGACGAGCGGGCAGAUGUAGCAGAGUCCUUGUACUACGAGGCACAAUGUCGGAUUAAGGAUCCGGUAUACGGUUGUGUGGGAAUAAUCACACAUUUGAACGACCAAAUCCGUGAUGUUCAAAGCCAGCUGGCCAAAGUGGAAGCUCAAAUUCAAGUUCUUAAAGCUCGGCAGCAAGUAGGGCUGCGUUUGGGAACCCGGCAACCUCAGUUUCCUCAGGAUUCAUUAAUCAACAGCUUCGGAAUGUUUCCAGAUCAAUGGUUGAAACCAUAACAAACACAGCCUUUCAUUCUGUAAGGAGACUAUAUAUGUA